AUGAGAAAACAAAACAUCAAUAAACAAGAUAUACAGAUAACUAAUAGUAUUCAACACCUUCCUAUGAUGCAGAGAAAAAGAUCAUCUCCUGAAGAUGAGCUUUCUAAUUCUUCAGAUUCAGAGUCUGAAACACCUCAAUUGGAAAAUGACGAUGAUUUAAAAACACAUUAUUACAUAACCCCCAAGACAACUAGCACCGAAUCAUCAUUUGAAAAUGUCUAUUGCAAAGUAACUAGUCAAACAAAACGACCACAUAGCGAUACCACGCCAUUUUUAAGUCUAUUUGAUGGAAAUGAGUCUAGAGAAAAUGUGCUGCGUAGAUUUGAGUUGUACAACCAAGUAUGGGCAAAUCAAUUGGACAAAAUUCAGUUAAUUUUAAACAAUGCCAACGAUGAAUUAUUCAAAGAUUUGAUUCAAUUUAUAAAUUUAGAAAACUUACAACAACUAGCUGUUGGCUAUGUGCAGUUGACAACAAACACAGCCAAUAACUUGAGAAUCUUGCAGGAGUUUUAUCAAUACAUUCAGAGAAAAUCAGACUAUGACUAUAAAUUAAUUACUCUUAAUUCCAAGCAUUUUACAUACAAUAUAAAGGCAACCUUGCGAGAAGUUGUUAAGCAGUUUCAUGAAACUUGUGAGCCAGUUGAGGAAAUGUACAGGUUAAACUAUGACCUUGAUGCCAUUGAUGAUUGGUUCAAUGAAGAAAGAUUGAACAACUCGAGGUUAGUUUUGAUUUUGGAAGACACCAAUUUGAUUAACAAUCAACUUUUGAAUCAACUACUUAAAAUAUUGCAGUCAUAUGUUGGCAAGUGGCCUCUCAAAAUCAUUAUGGGAUUAUCUUGUGAAACAGUCAGCUCAUGGAUAAAUGGCAACUUGACUAAUGAACUAAGGAUCGGGAUUCAAGGUUACAAGUUUAAAAGCAAUGAUAAUAAAAGCUUGGGAUAUAUCAUUUUGAACAACUUAUUCUUAACACCAGAAUUGACACCAGAGAACCCGUUGUUGAUUAAUAGUACAUUAAGUACAAUUAUUUUGAACCGGUUUGAAAACUCAAAUAAUUCCAUCGACGCAUUGAUUGCCGAGAUAAAAUUAUGUUAUAUGAUUUAUUUUUAUCGACUGCCCUUGUCUAUUCUCAUUGCAGAAGAGAACCCGCAACCUCAAAAAUUGUAUGCAGAUGGAUUACGAAAGCUAUCUUCGUUUAAAAAAUAUAUUGAAUUAAAACUACACCAAGGCGAUCACAGUGUCAAAAACUUGUUAAAUAAUGACGAAUCAGUAAUAAAACUAUUCAAUGAAGCAGGAGUCAAUUUCCGAAAAUUUAAAUUAGCUGUUAUGAAUGCCAUAAACGUUAUUUACCAGUUACACCCCAAUAAACCGAAACAGAAAUUUGAGCUAUAUAAAUUAUUAAUCAACCACAAAUUGCUAAACUCAAAAUACUUGUACGAACUGGUGAAGAACUUGUCCAAACUACCAGAUUCAGUUCUUGGGAAGGUAGUCAUUGGAUUGACAGACAAUUGUACAGAGAUACUAGAUGGAAUCACCGACAACCAUUUAAUUAAGCUUAUAAAAGAUUUAGGUGAAUUAUCAGACUUGAAAGGGAUUAGUGAGAAACUUCAAAAUUAUUUUGAUAACAGUAUUUUAACUACACCCUUGGAGUAUAUGGUAUUUCAUGAAGUGUUUUCAAUGGAUGGAGGAACAAUCCAAGAGAAAUUCACAAAACCACCUUUGUUUGAAGAGAAUUAUGAAAAUUUAAUGAUCAACUUGUUGCGACCAAAUCUAAGAGCUACACUAGAACGUGGCUUAGAUAACUGUGAUACAUAUUUGGCCAAUCCUUUGAUUACAAAUGAAGUAGAACAACCAUUGAUACCACCAACAUUGACCCAUUUGUUUAAGUUGUACAAGGAAGCACCGACAACUAUCAAUUUAUACGACUUUUAUCAAGCUUUUAAGUCUACUUUAGGUCAAAAAGAGCUAUCAUUACAGUUGCCAGCAAAUGAGGAUUGGGAUAAAUUAACUUAUGCGUGGUUUGUACAGAAUUGUCACGAGUUGAUGCUUAUGGGGAUUCUACAACAAAAACCAAAGGGUGAUUUUUUGGAAAAGGCGAUAUGGAAAGGUAUAUAA